AUGAAGCGCAAACUAGACGAAAACGAUGUCCCUAAGUUGGCGGAAAAGCUGGAAACCAAAAAACCCGCUAGGAAUUUUGAAGACUUUGGACUUGAUCCCCGACUACUGCAGGCCUUGACAUCACAGAAAUUCUCGAAGCCGACAUUAGUCCAGGCCGAAGCUAUUCCUCUGGCGCUCAAUGGGAAGGAUAUACUUGCAAGAGCCAAAACUGGAUCAGGAAAAACAGCGGCGUAUCUGAUUCCGAUCUUACAAAAAAUAUUGCAGAAGAAAGCAGCCCACCCCGCGCACAAAUCUAUAUCAACUUUGAUCCUAGUGCCAACGAGAGAGCUAGCCCAGCAAGUGCACAAGACUGUAACUGCGUUUUCAGAAUUCUGUUCCAAGGGUAUACGGUCUGGGAAUCUCACACAGAAGGUCUCCGAUGCUGUCCAGCGUGCCCUACUUGCAGACCUACCGGAUAUUGUUAUUUCUACGCCUGCACGAGCGGUUGUCAAUGUUAACAACUCCGCGCUGGUUUUGGACGAUAUUUCACAAGUGGUUAUUGAUGAAGCCGAUUUGGUUCUCUCAUACGGAUAUGAACAGGACAUGCAGAGCCUGGCCAAGGCAAUUCCGCGCGGUGUUCAGACUUUCUUGAUGAGCGCUACACUCACAUCUGAAGUCGACACUCUGAAAGGCCUUUUCUGUAGAAGUCCGGCUAUCUUGAAGCUUGAAGAGGCAGAGGACGAAGGUGCCGGCAUAAGCCAGUUUGCAGUCAAGUGCGCGGAGGACGAAAAAUUCCUACUUACGUACGUGAUAUUUAAACUACAGCUAGUGAAAGGCAAGUGCAUUAUAUUCGUCGGCGAUGUGGAUCGCUGUUACCGUCUCAAAUUAUUCCUGGAACAAUUUGGCAUCAAGAGCUGUAUUCUCAACUCAGAAUUGCCAGCCAAUUCUAGGAUACAUGCUGUCCAGGAAUUCAAUAAGGGUGUUUACGACAUUAUUAUUGCCGCUGAUGACCAAGAGGUCAUAGGAAAAGUUGAAUCCAAAAAGGAACCGGUCGGUAGCGAGGAUGCGACUGUUACUGAUGCUGUUGCGGAAGAAAGCAAGGACCUUAGUGACCCCGAGGAAGUGGAAGAGAAGCCAGCACCAUCAAACAAAAACAAGAAACGAAAAAAGUCAGGAAAGGAGAAAGAUUAUGGUAUUUCUCGAGGAAUAGAUUUCCAGGAUGUUGCAUGCGUUCUCAAUUUUGACCUUCCAACGACCGCUAAAUCAUAUACCCACCGAAUCGGUCGAACUGGGCGCGCUGGAAAAACUGGCAUGGCCCUUUCAUUUGUUGUGCCAUCUGAAUUAUAUGGGAAACACAAACCAACGAUUUUCCCACCUGCGAAGAACGAUGAAUCUGUCCUUGCUAAAAUAGAAAAGCGCCAAGCUAAAAUGGGCCGAGAAGUGAAGCCCUACCAUUUUGACAAGAAGCAAAUCGAGGUGUUUAGAUACCGAAUGACAGAUGCCCUGCGAGCAGUAACCCGAAUAGCCAUCCAAGAAGCCCGAGCAAAAGAGAUCAGGCAGGAGCUUGUCAAGAGUGAGAAGCUCAAGAGACAUUUCGAGGAGAAUCCCCAAGAGCUACGCGAGUUACGCCACGAUCAAGAGCUUGGGUCUGUAAGAGUACAGAGCCAAUUGAAGAGUGUACCAGAAUAUCUAAUGCCGACCAAGGGGAAGAGUUCAUUAACGAGUGAAGACAUUGGUUUCGUCGGGCUACACAAAAAGAAGGAGAACAGGAUUCGACAGGCCAGACAAAAGAACAGGGCCCGAGGGAGAAUUGCGAAGAAGGGCGGUGCCGGACGAAAAGUUGACCCAUUGAAAUCGUUUAAGUCAAAAUAA